GCAAGAGAAUGCAUUGUGCACCAAGCCAAUUCACACUCAUUUGAAGUGGUAGAUAUGCAUGGUGGCAGGGUUGUGGUGAAUCAGUCAGCUAAUAUAUGUGGUUGUAGGCUUUGACACUGUACGGGGUUGCCAUGCAAACAUGCAGUAGCAGCUAUCACACACAGUAGGGGGUCACUUCAAGCUUAUUACAGCUCAUACUAUAGUGUCAACAUGUAUCUUAAGGUAUUUAGUGAGUUCAUUAAACCACUACUAGCAUUGGCUGAUUUGGUGAUUGAUAUCUGCGCUGGGAUUGUCCAACCUCCACUACUUAAGAGAAGACCUGGUAGACCUCAAAAAAGUAGAAAAAUGGAAUUUGAUAAGGGUCCUGCCAAGAAUAAAUCUUCAAGUGUGAAAUAUGAUAUCUGCAACAUACCUGGCCACAACAGAAUUACAUGUCCUCGAGGUGACGAACAACCGAAGAAAAAGAACAAAACAGGAAAGAAGAGAAAGCAAGGGGAGGAGAUUCAGUAUGAAGGUAGUAGCUCCCAAGUACUAAUAAGGUCACAAGCAACAUCUCAGCCUACACAGCAAACAAUUCAGGAUAGAGCUUUAACCCAACAUGCUAUCAAGAACUCGAAAUGGAGGACCAAAUAUGUUAAAAGAAGUAGGAAAAUAUGUUUAUUGCGUUAUGGAACUAUUUGUUUGUUUCCUUAUGUGUUGGAACAAUGA